AUGCAUGAUGACACCCUCCUCGGUGGUGAACCGCCGAGAAGAUCUCCUGGGAAGGUCGCUGGCUAUAUAAUGGCUCAAUUGCGACGACCACGUCGACUUCGCAGCUGUUUUUUCCCGAUAGCCAUUAUCUUGACUGUUAUUUUGUUUUUUAUUUUGGAGAAGCGCCAUUCAACAUUUCGGACGCUGCAGGCCGACAUCCACCACACUGCUCCAAAGGCUGUCUCACAUAUAAAAGCCUACGUUCCAACCACAGUUUCAGAGGUAUCCGAGCCAUCUGAACAAGUCGAAGAUUCGGGAUGGGACGAGGCCGCAGAUUCGAGCAAACAGAGCAACAAUAUUACCAGAAAGCCUAGGUUCCAUCUCUUGAUAACAGCCAAGAAAGCUACUCCAAAUCUAUGCAGAACUUUACUGUCUGCUGCGGUUCUCAAUUAUCCGCCCGCAACAUUGAUCAAUUACGAAUCAAGUGAUGAUGAUGACAGGCCGUCUGGGGCUGAUAUUGUCCGUAAGACUUACGAUUUCCUGAGUGGGAAAGAAACUCAACACGAUGAUUUGAUAUUGGUUGCGGAGGAAGACAGUUGGUUCCAGCUCCCGGCCGAAGUUACCAUAAACAGAUUCUUUCACAGCAUGCAGAAUGCGGAUAAGCAGCUCCUGGAAAAGCAUGGACGAAAGCCGCCAGAAAUCGAGCUCAAUUCCACGGUAAUUCCUCUUGGAUCUCCGAGAUACACCCAAAGAGUCCUUUUUGGCGCCCAAAAGGAAUGUUCCAAUCCUCCCGAGGAUCUAGCGUGCUACUCCGCACCUGAACCCCCCUUACCCGAAGACACCAACGACUUCGAAGCCGAUAGGAACUCUGAAGUCAAGUACAGCAGCCCUCGAUACAUGGGGCCCACAAUGGCAAUUGGUCAUGUAGCUGACCUUCGCCCAAUAUAUGAGCGCGCUACCGAGAUACUACAAUCGGAGAACAAUGGCGCGCGCAGUAGUCAAUACGUAUUCUCACAAAUUUGGGGUAAACAGGAAUACGUGCGUUCCCUGCGAUCCAAAGCCUUCAGCAUCAAUGUUCCUCUAUCAGCAUGGGCAAGGUUCAAACUCGGUCUUGGCGACGACCCUGUGCAAAUCCCAGCAAUCACCCCUACCAAUACUGUCGUCCAACCAGGGAAGAAAUACGAAUUUGGUAUUGGGCUUGAUUACGAGGGUUCCAUUUUUCAAAACUUGCAUAAUUCGGCCGAUGAUAUUAGAUUUGUUACAUUCAAAAACCCAUCAACCACUGACCCACAAACUACACUCUCCGAGCCCGCGCUCCAAAGCCCGAUCCAGAUCCCUCUCGAUUUGAACCAGACGGCGCCACCAUUUGCACAGCACCCUGUCUCCUCGCCUAAUCCUGAUCCACCUAUAAUUGCUGGACUGGACGAUCUCCCGAGAGAAAACAAUGGCUGGCAAGAUAUCGAAUUGGCAACGAAUAUCGUCGCGCCGUCGUCGUCAGUUCCCUCUACGCUCAAUUUCCACGGCAAUGAGGCCCUCGUGAAUGAAUGGUGGAAUAAAAUGUGGUACCAACCGCACGCACGUGCGUUGUUGAGACAAAAUAUCAGAAACCCGGAUGGAGCGAUAGUUGCGAAGGCGGCUGCAGAGGUCGAUGAAUGGUGGGAUACAAGAGGUGGCAAAGGAGGUGCGUGGACGGAUAGUGGCAAGUGGUUGGGAUGGAAUGAGGUUUGUGGAGGGUUUGAGGAACAGGUGUUUGGAGAUGGGAGGGGUAUGUUUGGCCAGGAGGGCGUCGAUCAGCAUGGGGAAGGGGUCGUUCAGAUUGACAAAGAGAAAGAGAAGGUGGAGGGACAGGAGGAGCAAACUAAUGGUACGAAGGGUUGA